CUGGAUCAAACACCAUGGCAGAGGAAAACUACGAGGAAGCCGUCCGUGCUGCUGAAUUAAGGAAGAAAAGAACCUUCCGUACCUUUGCCUACCGUGGCGUUGAGCUUGAAAAGCUCUUGGACCUUUCGGCUGAGGAAUUGAUUGAGUUGUUCCCUGCUCGUCUUCGCCGCCGCAUGCUCCGUGGUCUUGGUGCUGGUGCUUCUCGUUUCAUCAAGAAGCUCCGUCAAGCCAAGGCUGAGGCUCCCUUGAACGAGAAGCCUGCCGUUGUCAAGACUCACUUGCGUAGCAUGAUCGUCCUCCCUGAGAUGGUUGGCUCCGUCGUUGGUAUCUACAACGGUAAGCUUUUCAACCAAGUAGAAAUUCGUCCCGAGAUGAUCGGUCAUUACUUGGGUGAAUUCUCCAUCUCCUACAAACCUACCAGACACGGACGCCCUGGUAUUGGUGCCACUAACAGCUCUCGCUUCAUUCCCUUGAAGUAGACUUGUUUGAAAUAUAUGUAUGUAUAUUUCCCUAAUGGAAUAUUUGAUAUCAUGUUGAGCAUUGUAAAUUAAGAGCUAUGUAUUUUUAAAUGUUCUGAACGUACACGUGGUAUGUUAAAAAGUAGUAGAAGAUGCAUUACUUUUUCCAU